GUAUUGGUACAUCUGCACAGAGCUGAAGGAUUCUCCUAGCUUUCCUGGGAAACUUACAGAGAGGAUAUCACAAGCUACCUAAAGUUGGGACAGCUUCUUCUCCCCCUCCCUUUCCUCGAUGAUGAACUAUGCACUGGGUAUCUAAAGCCUGGCACUAGGGCUAACCUGGGGCUCCUCAAGUAUUUCCAGCAUACAGACUGAAACAUCCAAAGCAACUUUUUGUUUCUCAAAAACAUUAAGGGACAUUAGAAGGAGCCUGAAAUUCCAUCUGCUCCGCAGGAUAACUUGUAUAAGUCACAGAUAAGGACAUGAUUAUAGUCAAGCAAGGUGCAGCCGAUACAAUUCUAUAUGUGAAUGUAACAGGGUAUAUCGUCUGUGCCUAGGCAAAGAUUCAACCAACAAAAUGCAGGUGAAUAUAAAGUUAUACCUAUAUUCCAUAAAAAAGCAAUAACUGGAAUUUGUUUACACAAAGGGGAAAAUAAUGAAGCCAGAAAAUAUGUCUUCACUGGAAUAAUGGUUAUAUAAUUAAAAAGCUAAAUUAGCUAAACUUCAGCCAUAUCUAUAUUUUUUAUUGCCAGAUUGUUGAUGUAUUGGUAUGGAUGUUGCACACAGCAAACUAAUGAAAAAUCAGUAGAACGUACUUGAAGCCAGCUAAAAUAAACAGCCAGUGUCACUGUAUAAGUGAAAUCUAUUUUCUACUUCUUUGUUCUGAAUAUUUACUCUUUUAUUAAUAUUUACUCAACUUUUGAAUCUUUGAGCUGUUCUAUAGUCUCCUAAAAAACCUUUGUUUACUGGUUCGAAGAAUUAACUCAGACAUAUUGUACAUGAAGAUAAUAUUUUACCAGGAGCUUUAGGCAGUGUAACAUAAGAAAUCAUUGCAUCGUAAGAUUCCCAGAAGCUCAAAGAAACAUCCCAUGAGAUUACAUUUUUACUUUGUGCUGUAAUGAUAAAAAUGGAACACCUGACUGAAUGUCAAGAAGUUACUGACCAUCUGAAUGUGUCUCAAACCAAUAACUCCUUUGAUGGAAGAAGUUGUGUCACAAGUCUAGACAGCUAUGAGCAGGAGGAUGUGCUGUCCUUCUCACAGAUCGUCUUGACAGUUGUAUUAGCUCUAAUUACUUUAGCCACUUUAUUAUCCAAUGCAUUUGUAAUUACAACAGUCUAUCAAACCAGAAAAUUGCACACACCUGCUAACUAUCUCAUAGCUUCACUGGCAUUUACAGACCUUUUAGUAUCGAUUCUGGUUUUGCCAAUUGCUAUUGUAUAUACUGUAACUGGGAAGUGGACCUUAGGGCAGAUUAUAUGUGAUAUGUGGUUAUCAUCGGAUAUCACUUGUUGCACAGCUUCUAUCUUCCAUUUAUGUGUCAUAGCGCUGGACAGAUACUGGGCAAUCACUGAUGCAGUUGAAUAUACCAAGAAAAGGACUCCUAAAAGGGCAGUUGUCAUGAUAGCUCUUGUGUGGGUAUUCUCAAUCUCAAUUUCAAUGCCCCCUCUUUUUUGGCGUCAGUCCAAAGCAGAAGAGAUAGCAGUUUGUGCAGUAAAUACUGAUCAUGUUUUGUACACAGUCUACUCCACUGCUGGAGCAUUCUAUAUUCCCACAUUACUUCUAAUUGCUCUUUAUGGAAGGAUCUAUGUUGAAGCCAGAUAUAGAAUUCUGAAACAAUCCCCUAAAACCACUGGCAAGCGACUGACAAAAGCUCAUCUAAUUACCGAUUCCCCUGGUUCUUCAUCAGUGUCCUCCACAAACUCAAGGACUCCUGAGAUGUCAAGUGACGCAGGAUCUCCAGUGUAUCUAAAUCAAGUCAAAGUUAAAGUAUCUGAUGCUCUCCUAGAGAAAAAGAAGAUUAUGGCUGCCAGGGAAAGAAAGGCAACAAAGACUUUAGGAGUUAUACUUGGAGCCUAUAUUGUCUGUUGGUUACCCUUUUUUAUUAUUUCAUUGGUUAUGCCAAUUUGCAAAGAUGCCUGCUGGUUUCAUCCUGCAAUUUUUGACUUUUUCAAUUGGCUGGGAUAUCUCAACUCUUUAAUAAACCCAAUAAUAUAUACCAUGUCCAAUGAGGACUUCAAGCAAGCUUUCCACAAACUGAUCAAUCGUUUUAAAUGCCCAUCAUGAGUUUUGUUUCCUUCUUUUUAUUUCUCAGUGAGACACGAAUGCACUUGUUUGGGUUUGACUUUCCAGAACCAAGUCGAUAUUGUAAAGAAUCACUGCCUGCAAAACACCCCAUCCUGAGUUGACUCAUGAAUUCUGCUCAGCACAAACAUCAAUACAUACUGCCAUCCAACUGUUCAGCUCUGCAUUUCACUCUUAUGACUCUUGCAAUGAUACUGCUUAAAUAUUCACUCAUGUCAGAUGCAAAAGGGAGACUUCAAAUCCAUGCUUUCAAUUGUCAAAUGGAUAAACAAAUUGACUAAUCAGAAUCCUGUUUUGCUGUUCCGUUCCAGCCCUUGGAGGUUGUUCUUUUGUUUUUAAUUUUUUUCAACAUAUCAUGGGAAAUUCAGCCAUGCACGUUCUAGGGGAGUGCUUAAGAGUACAAAAUAUGUUUUGCCUUUGAUUCUAAUAUGUCUGUGUUUGCUUGUGUUCUAUGUCUGCAGGGAGAAGGAUGGUAGAUAGGAUAUUUUCUUAAAAUCAAAACUAGUAAAUCAAGGGUGUGCAUUGCUAUUUUUGUAUUUAAAUAUCAGGAAUGAUUAACACUAUGUCCUACGAAUAAAUAAAAUUCAUUGUGCAUAAGUAUAAUUUGCUGAUAACAUUUUUUUUAAAGAAAUCAUACUUUGGGGCAUAUUUAUAAAGUUUGGUAUAUAACCGUUUUAAGGUCAUAGUGCUCCGUGUAACGUAGCAAUAUAUGCGUUUAAUUAUUUUAUGUUAAUGUGUAGCUAAGUGUAAAAAUUUAGCAAAAAUAAGGUGUUAGCUUAAAAAAGAAAAA